AUGUCCACCAUAAAGUUUACUCCCUUGAAUGCUCCUUCCACUCACUCCCAAGCCCAGAUUCAAGUGGAUCCCCUUGAAGCUCCAUUUCGAGAAUGCGAAAAGGAAUAUAAUUUGGCUCUAAGACGGGAUCCUUCUAGUGCAAAGGAAACCUAUGUUUCGUUACUUAGACACGACAUAAUUAAAAAUCCCUUGUAUCAAAUGGAAAAUAAUGGAAUAAAGCUAUCACCAAGAAUAACUCGCCUAAAAUACUGCAUAAUGAGAAACUAUGCAGAAAUUUUAGAGGAAGAAUAUAAGACCUUAAAGGCAAAAAUUGCUGCUCAGAAUGCGAUUGAAUAUUAUUGCAGGGCAUUAAACAUCGAUCCGAGCGAUUACAGUAUUUGGCUGAGGGUUGGUAGGCUCGCCAUGUCCGAAGAAUUAAAUGAUCGCGAACUUGCUCUUUAUGCGUUUAAUCAGGCUUUAAAGGAUUUUUUAAACAAAACAAAUCGUGAUGGGACACGAUCAGAACCCAUUGUUACUACUCCACAUCACAGUCAAGCUUUCGAAGAAUUAUGCCGACUUUUAUACGAUUUUGGUGAUUUUACGGCGUGUUUAUCUACGGUGGAUAAAGGAUUGAUGAUUGAUCCUUGCAAUCGAAUACUUCUUCAAUUGAGAUAUCAACUCUUGACUGAUACUUGGAUUAGAUUCUCAUUGCCGAUUAAUUAUUAUGACAAUGCAACACCAGUUAUACAACCAGUUUGCUCGGAACUAAUACCAAGACGCGUAAAAUCUUCCGGAUUCUACCAAUUAUCAAAAGAAAAAACUGAUCUAACAUUUAAUGUCAAACUGAAUCAAGUAACAUGGGUUGGAUUAGGAGAGGCUUUGCUGCAUGCUUUUGAUGUAUUGAUGUCUGAUCAAAACGACCUCGGUAAUUGCGAUUCGAUGGUUAAAAAAAAUCAAAGAAUAUUAAUAGAAUUGCAAUCAUGUAGUUACAGCAAUUCCACUAUCUCGAAUGAGGUCAGCGGAUCUUCACAAAAACGUAAAAGAAAAAUAGAAGUUGCAACCGAAGCAGAAGAUAGAUCAACUAAUGGAAGAGUUAAUAGGUGGGCUUCGAAAAGAACAGAAACGAUUGAGACCUUUAACCGCCAACGUGAUGAAGCAGCAUCCGACUUUACCGAUAAAAUAAUUAGUCUUAUGGCCAAAUUUGAUUCAGAUUAUUGCCUUGUUAACCAGCAGCCUGAUGUCGAAGAUCAAAUCGAACAGUUUCUGAGAUAUUUCAAUAAAAUAUGGACUUUUCAUGUAUCUAAUGAAGAUCAAGGGAAUUUGAUCGACCAUGUGGCUAAUAAAACAGGUCAAAAGACAACAUCCGAUCCUAGGUAUUAUAUGUUUGUCCCAAACACGAAUCCUCCGCCAUCAUCAUCAUAUUUUAAUGAGAUUUCCGAUACGGAGGGAACAUUGAUUCCCUUUGUGAACAAAUUGAAUAACCAUAACUCUGGGAUAGUGGAUUGUUUAUGCAAGUACAUAACACACCUGCUUGGAAGUUUCGUUAAUCUAGAUGACGGAACAGAAAAAUCAUUGUGGUUAUGUCGUUGGCCAGGUGGCCUAAAAGAGAUUGCUAGGGAGAUACUACAAAGAGUAGAUAUGGACUUACUUUCGAUUCUCGACAGUCUAUGUAAAAAUUGGGAUGAGAAAGGUAAUUGUGCAGAGAUGCUGAUGAAUAUUAAUGAUGGAAAUAUCGCGAAAGAUUACAAACAAAAGAUGGAAAUCUUGAUGGCUGUUUAUGAAUUAUUAUUAGACACACAAAUUUCGUGGACAUGGGCACCAUCCAUAGAGAGCAGUACUCAUAAUUCGGAAAUUUCCUCUGGGUUACAGUUCACUUUGACCAAUUAUAUAGAUUGUUUCAUUCGAUCAUCAUUCUAUAUGUCCGAUUUCCUAACGAUUGCCAAGUCUCAGGCACCUACAUCUGGUCCUGAUGUGGAAAAAUGGGAUUAUUAUUACAACAAAUGGAAAAACUGGGCAUCACAAUUAAGUGUAAGAUAUUGGUGGUGUGUUGCUCGAAUGGAGAUAUGGAAAGGAGCGUUAGAUGCAUCAAUUAAUUUUCUAGAUACUUGUAAAAGAACAUAUCUGUCCGGUGGUUACAAUGAUGGAAUUAUAAUAGCGAAUUGUGCAUACGAUGCGCAAAUAAAUGUCCCAGAGAUAGAUCGUAAGAUAUGGACGAUUCAAUCUCGCAAAAAUCAACCAGAGGAUGAGUGGACACGGACUAUUGAUAAUUUUGCGGAUUCGAUUAAAUUUUUAUAUCAUUGGGUGUCCGACACGUUUGAUAGUGACCGAGUCGUCUUAUUCUGGGUUACUAUUAAUACGGUUAACGAAUCACUUGCAAACGUGAUCGAACUUCUCUCGAAUCAGCAUCCGCUCGCGAUGUUAUCAACGAUCGAUCGCAAGAAAUUUAAUCCAUGCUUCCGAUUGUUAUUUCGAAUUAGCCUCGAGGUUCUAUUUCCACGUAGUCUUGUAUUAAAAGAUGCUAUUAGUGAUCCGUUAAACAUAUUGUGCGUUCGAACGUGGGUCUUGUUCAGUUAUUUAUUAAAAGAGAAGAUGAUCGAUAAAUUGGCCGACGAUUUUGCAGAGUUUCUGGAAGUUGUGCACGAUCAACUUGGAGAGCGUCAUAUUUGUGGAAUGGAUAAUGGCAUAUUCUUAAAAUUUGUUAUUACGGCACUACAGUAUUUGCAUUUAAAGGAUUAUCGAUUCCAAGAAUAUCAAUGUUGUCAUUGCCUAUAUAGAGUUUCAUUAACUGUGGAUUCAACACCACCGAAUGAUCAUCAAACUCCGUCUGUUGAUCUCGACCACCAAACAGCGCAAUUACUCUUCCGGGAAAUCAGAAAUUAUUUAAAUUUGAAGUCGCGUAAAUCUUACAAAACAUGGGCCAUUAAAAAUGAUGUCAAAGAAACUUUGGAUAAAAUGGCAACUCUUGUCGCUCCUCCAAGUGAAAAUAGAUUCGCUCAGUGUAGUUGGAAAACCCAACAUUUCCUUGAUGACGACAUUAAUUUCUAUGACGCAGUACGAUACCAGGAACAUAGUGACGAUAUAACAGAUCUUGAAAAAAUUUCAGAUCAGGAACCUGUUGCUCGAUCUGAUCUUUCGGAUCUCUAUUAUUUUCGUGGUAAAAUUUUGUUAAAUCAAUUUAAGAUUCGUUCCAAACCAAAUGCUACCAAGGCCAUGGAGACUCUGGAAAAAGCCAUAGAACAAUUUACAUUUGACAUUCGUUCGAAUCCACUAAGAUUUGCAUCAUGGUAUGCAUUAGGAAUUUGCUAUGCCAACUUAGCAAACGAGACGCUUUCGUGGAGUGCUGAGGAGAUUCUUAACAAUCGAAGUAAAAUAACUGAAUAUCAAAAGAAAUCUUUUAAUUGUUUUUUGAGAGGUGCCAAAGUUAUUCAUUGGUUUUCAGAUAGAAACGCAUCAACUCCUCAGUUUGAAGUAAUCAGAUUCUGGAGGGAUUUCGGAUAUCAAGUUUAUUCAAUGAUGACUGAGCCAAUGUCGAUGGAGGCCUUUGAGUUAAGUCCUAUCCAUGCAGAGUCACGGCGUAAACCUACACCCGAUCAGGCGUGCCAAUUUGCAGCCGUAUGUUUUGGAAGAGCUUUACAAUUAGAAGUUCAAUUGGCACAAGAACAUGACGAACAACAAAAUGAUGCCGAAAAUGACACUCCUAUGGGAACCCCUAAUGAUAUUGACACAACUCCAAUUCAAACUCCCAAUGGUUCUACAAACGAAUCUUCAAACGCGUCCACGAAUGGAUCAGCAGAAAAAAACAUUAUCCGCGAUUGGAGAAUACCCUAUAUGAUUGGUAAAUGCUAUAAAAAGCUUAAAAAAAGCCCGGAGGUGGUCAUAAGUUUAUUUAAACUUGCGGUAGAAAGAACACCAGAAAGUUCUGGUAUUACAGGACAAGAAAAGAUAUUAGAUGCCGAAUAUAAACUGACAUCAUCAUUAGCAAAAUAUCUAAUAACCAGUAAAAUAAAGCCUUCCAUCGUCGAGAAAUCAAUUGGCGUUUCUCUCGAAAUGGACAAUGGAGUCAUGGAUUACACAAAUGAGGGAGACAUAUUCAAUAUUCAAAAACCAGAAUACCAAAGAGCAUAUAAUCUCAUAUGUACAAAAUUGGAAAAUAUACGAAAAGCUGAUAAGAACAAAUGGUAUCAUCGCCCAGUCUUUCGGCAGGCUUGGUUAACAUAUCAUGUUGAAGAAAAACCAGAGGAAGCAAAGACAAUAUUGCAAUCCCUAUUUCAAUUAAAAACACACAUAAGUAAGCCAAUGAUGAAUGUUUGGAGACCCGAAUUUGAAAGGGCGGGCAGACAUUAUGUUUAUGUACAUGAGUAUAUUUUGUUGCUCAUAGAAUUAGCGAAGAAAACAGGAGAUCUCAACAUGUUGGAAACGAUGGAAGCCAGGCUUGCGAGGUCUAUAGUGGUGUUACUUAAACCUGAUAUCAUUCGGAUUAAGAUGGAAAAUGCUACUCGGGAUGUUGAACAGGCACAACAGCCAAAACAACAACCAAUGGUUUCAAUAGAAUUAUAUUCACCAGUUAACGAUUUAUUUGAUGUUCCAGCUAAUACAGAGCAGGCACGAACACCUUCUACGCUGGAACAUCAAGAUAUUGAAGGUGAACCUGAAUCAUCAAAUCACGAGCAGGUUUCUCUUCCUGUUAACGAACAUAAUAGCGAACUCUCAAAUGUCAUGUCAGUCGCAGCUCUCAUAUCUCAUGACGAUUUACCAAUGACUAUUGAUUUUGUUAAAGAGUGUGACAAAGAUCUUGCAAAUGAACUUAUUGCGGAUCAGCCAAUGAAUGAGGUUCAUGGGGAAUGA